AUGGCGACGAGUGUGGUGGUGUUAGCUAUGGUUACAGUUAAUCCAGCCGCGGCAACCGAUGCGAUUGACUGCCACAAUGUUGUACAGAAACUAUUACCAUGUGAGCCUUUCUUGCUUGGCGCAGCCAGCGGCGGCCCAAGCGCCGAGUGCUGCUCCGGCGCUCAAGAGUUGGACAAGAUCGCCGCCAGUUCGCCGACGGAAAAGAAGGCCUUGUGCGAGUGCCUUGUACAGGUUGCUCGGUCCUUCCCUAUCAACUACCAGAAAGCCAAUCAGCUUCCCAAACUCUGCAGCCUUACUACCAAUUUCACCAUUGGUCCUGCCACGGAUUGCAGCAAGUAA